AUGUGCCGACGGACCUCCUACCGCUGCAAGGUGGUGGACGUGCCGUUGGAGAGCAAGCGGCAUGCAGUGGAGUGGGGCCCAGUUAUCAACACCACCCACGUCUCCUCCCUGCAUCAUUCCUUCCUCUACGGCUGCUCACCGGACGAGUACCCCGAUCUGCCCCCUACCGGAAGGGUCUUUGACUGCAUGGGCAAGCCCCCCUGCAGCACCUUCGUGGCCAUGCAUUACACCAAUCCCGACGGCUGGGCCGACAUAAUGCAUUACACCAAUCCCGACGGCUGGGCCGACAUAGUUGACAGCUCGGGCGUGUACCUCAAGCUCGCGCCCUCAAUUCCCGAGGCGCGUCAAACGCAGGCGCACACAUCGCCCCCGCAGUUGAAAGACGCGCACAUCAUGAAGGCCGGCCUGGUGGACCACAGCAGGCUCAUCCGCGUGCCGCCCGGCAUGCCCUCGUGGACCCAUGCCAACUCGUGCCCUGGCGAGUGCACUGCUGUUGUGUUUAAGAACGAGAGUGUGAAGAUUAUCGGGUCGAUCCUGCACCAGCACAAUAUUGGACGCCAGAUGUACACGGAUGUGGUAAGGGCGGGCAGCAAGGUCGCCACCAUCAACCGCAUUGACUACUACGACGCCGCAUCGCAGCAGACCUUGCCGGUGCUGCCCGAGUUCGAGCUGCUGCCAGGGGAUGCAAUCCGCACCACCUGCGUGUGGGACUCCUCCUCUCGCUCCGAGGUAACGGUGGGGGGUCUAUCAGCGGAGGACGAGAUGUGUUUGGCUUACCUCGUCUACUAUUCUGCCCAGCACCAGACCCAAGAGAUGCAUUCGUGCUACACCGUGUGUGGGGCAAUGGACAACGGCACACUCUCAACGCAUCCCACCAAUCUGAACCUCUCGACUCACUACAUCUGUGGGACGGGCCGCAACCCAGUGAUCCCCACCACCCAGCCCUGCAGCAUCACCUUCGGCUCCAACCAGCCUCUCUCAGUCAUCCACGGCUGUCCGGCUCAACUCCCCCCUCCCCCCUCCCCUUCCCUUCUCCCCUCCUUCACGCUCCUCCCCCCUCCUCCCCCCUCCUCCCCCCUCCUCCCCCCUCCUUCCCCCUCCUUUCCGCUCCUUCCCGCUCCUCCCAUUUCCCCCUCCCCACUCCACCCUUCAACCCACGGACCAAGGCAUCACUCUCAGCCUUUCCACUUGCCACCAUCUCUGCACCACUCCAACCCCUCCCCCUCUCCCCCCUCAUUCCCUCUCUUUCCCCCUAUCCCCCCACCACCCCACACCACAACCCACGGCAGGACCAAGGAGUCACUAUCAGCCUUUCCACUUGCCGCCAUCUCUGCACUGCCGCAACCAGCACUUCCGGAACCCGCAGUGACGCAACCCGCCGCACCGCAAUUAACACUGCCGCAACCCACUGCACCGCAACCCGCUGCACCGCAAUCUGGCCCACUGCAAUCCGCCGCCGCCGCCACUCUCCUUCCCUCUGCUGCUGCUUCCCCCUAA